CUCCAGGGGCCCCAGCGUCCUCCCAACACCGCUCAAAAGAUUGCACUCCGUAUCCAAACUUGGCUCAAGCCGUUUUUGGCUCAGCAUUUGGCAUUUGGGCCAAGAUUUGUUUUACGAUCCGGAGGCAGCCCAGCGGCGACCAGUUGGGGCGAAGCACCCUGCGCAACACUGCAGCAUGGCCACUCCAGGCACCGCAGGGAUGCCGAGUUUUGCGGGCGACGGUCUCCCUCUUGUCAGCGAGCAGCGACCGAGGCCAGCGUUGGCAUGGGCGGAGGCAUCCGGCGUGGCGCCCGCACCGAGGCAGCCCUGAACUCCCGGGCUGACCCGCGGGCGCCCCUUCGGAGUGGGCCGCGGCGGGGCCGUGUCGGGCCCUGGCCCUGGCGGCCUCGGCCCCGAGCAGAUCCGCAGGCCCCGUGCCCUCCAGCCUCCUCCGAGUUCGGCACCUGCGACUCUCGAAGACCUUCCCUAUAUGAGGAGGCCGGACAUGCGGAUCCCCGAGCCUCGCAUGGGCAGCCCCGCGUCACGCCGGCUCGUGGCUGGUGCCUUCGCGGCGCCCGAGUUGUUGCCGGGAGUGGAGCUGGCCAGCGGCGGGGCAGUUGGCAACCAGUCGAGCGUCACCGAGUCCACCUGCGCCCUCUCCGAGGAGUCCUCGAUGCUUUCCAAGGACUGCCUUGGGCUCCACGGGACCAGUGAGAUGGCCAGUGAGGCUGAGCGGCCCCCCUGCAUCGUGCUUGGGCACAAUCCUCUCAGCGGCGAUCCGUGCCGACGAGAUGAGGACCGCAAGGGUGAUCUGCCGAGUCUUGGCCAGAGCAUCUCCCGCAGGCCGUCCGUCUUCGACGUGCGUGAGAGGAUCCCGUGCUCUCCGGGACCCAGCCGGUUCGGCCGCGAGCCAGCCAGGCCCACGCGCCCCGGAGAGGGGGCUCCCGGCCAGGCUUGCCCCGCCACGCCAUGAGGUCGAUGUCGGCGAGGGGGGGAAGGCGCCUGGCCUCCAGCAGCUGAGGCUUCUCUUUUUUCCCAACCCUCCUUGGUUGGGUAUUGGUUUUUAAUAGAGCAGUGUGGUCUCCACUCCUUCCUUCCUUCCUCCUCCCUCCCUCCCUCCCUGCCUCUUCCUGUCUUGCCUGCGGGGGGCUGCGAUCUGUGAAACUGUCGCCAUUUUCGAGGUCUGCUGGGGGGCUCAGCACAGUGAGGGCGACGCGCAGAUUCAAAUUAGACCUCGCC